UGCCUUUACAACUCCCCCUUAUAUGCGUUUUACGUUACGAGAGAUGCACGCGUGCUUCUAUGUUACCAAAUACAUCCUAUGCAUCCACAUGCAUAUGCGUGAGUUAAUACAUUUACGUAUAGAGAUUAGAUUUGCCAAUGAGUUCUUAUAGUUUCUGAUUAAAUCCAAUUAUAAAUGUUUUCGUUUGACACAUAAUUUUGUGUGUUAUUUCACCAAUAACAACAAUCGUGCUAUUAAUCGUAACCUGUUUUAAAUGUCUCACCCGGUAUACGUAUACGUAUAUUUAGUUACACGUGUGUGUAUGUAUUUGUUAUAUGUUAAUAAGUGUUUGUAGGAAUCCGUGUGUCGUAAAAGGGUUGCGUGUAGGUGUGUGUAUUUGUCUCUGUGAUUAUGGUGGGUGUUCAGAACCGUACGAUGCAAACUCGUUGUUUAUUCCUCGUAUCGACAUGGCACCUACACGAAAGAACUCGAUGUCACUCUCCUCGAUGCACACUUGGAACGACACACAAGUUGCAUUGGUCACUGCACUUCCGUCCUCGAGAAACAUGCUGCUUGUUCUGUUGUGUUCACAUGAAUGUUUUACUAUGGGAGUGAAAAUGAUUCGUGGAUAUUCGAAGAAAAGGAAGAAGAACACUGUCGAGAAUAAUAAUUUAAGUGGUGAUUUUCGGAAGAUAGAGAGAGACAGAGAAAAGAAGAAAGAAAUCUAGGGAAAGAAAAAGAAAGAUAAAAAGACAAAGUUACGGGUGAACUUGGUGUGACAGGGAAUGAGUGAAGUGUGUAGAAAAAAUCUGUAAAGUUAGAAAAAGAUAGAAAGUAUUGUAAGUAACUAAGAAAGGAAGGAGGGAAAGAAAGAAAGAAAGAAGGAGAGACGCGCGCGUGCUCGAGGUGCCUUCAUCACGGGGCGUAUCCCAAGAAUUGCGAGGUAAAAAGCAUCCUUUCUGAGUGCGUCAUUGCGUCAUCCUUUUAUUUUUAUUAUCAUUUUUAUAUUAAUGGAAAUGUUUUCUAUCCUCGUUGUUCGCGAUACCGCGAUCUAUUGAUAUAAAUUUUAUGCAUCACGUUGAAUAAAUCAAGUGUGAUAGAGAAAGAGGGAGAUAGAGUGAGAGUGAGAAGAAAGAAGUUCACUGUGCAUGUGUGCGUGAGAAAGAAAGAGAGAGAGAGAGAGAGAGAGAGAAAGAAAGACGGAGCAUCGAACUCGAUUUGACAAUCGGAUGGACGAAGAGGAUCGACUUUGUGCGAGAGUUUCAUCGCGAUGAGACGCUACAAAGUUUUAUUACUUACUCGCGAUAAGAAUUUGAAUUGGUGCAAUUAAAUAAAUUUUCCUUUCUUUUUUCCUGUUUUUUGAGGUUAUCUUUAUUAUUUUUUAUUUUUUUUUUGAAGUGAGUGAGUGAUAUCUUUUUCCCCCCAAGUGUUAAAUUCAUUGCCGUUUGUUAUCAAGGAUUAUUUUCAUCUGUUUGCCAAUGUGUAACUCAGCGGACGCUUCGUACGUACAAAAGUUAGGUUAUCUUCAGUUGGGAGAUGAUAGCUCGGACGUUGUUGGCACUAGUGGAGGAGGAGGUGGAGGAAGUGGCAGUGGAAGUGGUGGAUCAUCCACCAGGGUACUGUCAGGUUCAAAACCCGAAGGACAAGUGCCUGUUACAAGGAACAUUAAUGCCAGAAAUGAAAUCAGAAGUCAAGGUAGACCUGUAGGUGCUAUCGAAAGCUUCAUCGAAGGUAAUUCUUCUGAUAACGCUAGACAAACUAUUUCUAAUGAUUAUAAGCUUUACGAAAGGGAGAAUAUUAUUGCUGCUUCGAGGUUUGCCACUCCUAAACCUGUUGAACAAAUCAGCGCUCAGCAGCAGCAGCAACAUCAGCAAGGCCAGGGACGAGUUAAUAAUCAGUCAGCACCUGUUUAUGAAAACAUAGACUAUUAUCCACAACAAAGUCAACCGCUGCCUCCUUAUUAUCAUCCUGUUGAGUCUAGGAAAAGUCCAAGGGAUAGUCCUAGGGGUUCGCUUGCUGGUGAGCCAUAUGAAGCUAAUUUUAGAAAAGCACAACCUCAGGUACCAACUGGUAGUCGUUAUCAAACCUCAUCACCUGCUAAAGAACUGCCACCUUACGAAGCUCCACCUGUGUAUGAGAAUAUACAGGAGGUUCAUUAUACGGAUAAUACGCAAAAUAAGCCUGGACCGCAAGUACCAUCUAAUUAUUAUCAUCCUGCUAAUAUCAAUGGAGGUGAUUAUGUUAUUAUGACUGGAAAAGUUGGACAGGGACAAGCCCAGCGUGGUAUUCCUCAAAGUUUAUCGUAUACACAACAGAGAGGAAUAAAUUCUAGGGGACAGAGUUAUGAUGGGUCAUGUUUGCAACGUACUACUGUUGAUUGUCCUUCCAGAUAUUUACAAGGAUCUAAUACAGAUCAUCAAUCUGGUAGAAGUGCUUAUGUACCACCUUCGGAGUUACAUACUCCAACUAGAAACUUUAGUUAUGAUCAACAGCAGCAACAACAGCAACAACAACAACAACAACAACAACAGCAACAGCAACAACAGCAGCAGCAGCAACAACAACAGCAGCAAUCUACUCGAUCAGGAUUACCUUAUCACAGUGAAUCACCUCCAAUACGAUUGCCACCAGAACCUCAUCAUUAUCGUAGUUCUAUGGAUACUAGUGUAACUGGGCAACAACCGUAUCGCACAUCCCAACAAAAUGAUAUGCAGCAGACGCAAUAUCGUCAAGAUUCGCAAGUUUACAAACAAUUUGUAGAACCAUCUACAAGAAACAUGAAUCCAAAUUACAAUACGGAAAGUCAAGCUAGAAAUUCUCCAGUUUACGGCAGUCGUUCCGAGCAACAGUCCUGCAGAAAUUCUCCGUGUUAUUCACCUAGUCGUACAAUACCACCAAACGAUAGGAAUUAUCAUCAGCAAGAAUCGAGAUCCGAUUUUCCUGCUAGAAAUUCACCGAUUUAUUCAUCCAAUCGUUCGGCUGAACAAUUACGUUUAGGUUCUUUGCAAAACGAUAGGAAUUUUACACAAGAUUCCUCGGAAUCUACUGGUCCAAGGAGUUCACCUUUAUAUUCACCAAGCCGUACUGAUCCUGGUAGAGUUAUUACACCAAAUAGUAAUAGUAUCCGUAAUUCACCAAAAGCCAGUCCAACUCAUAGUCAAAUUCAAAGCGACGUUGGCCUACAAAACAUUACAAAUUCUCCUAGACAUAUUUCACCUCCCUCUUCGGCAAAUGCUGUGGGAAGUCCUGUACGUGUACAAGUGCAAACACCAGUGACCAGUACUGUGACUUUAUCAAAUGAUUCUGAUUCCACGGUUAAUGUACCUAGAAUAACAAGUCUACCACCAGGUGUUACCAGUGGCAUUGCUGGUCCUGUAUUUUUGAAUGCCGGUGUACCCGUAUUACAAAGAUCUUCAGAACUAGAACCAGAAGAAAGAAAAUUGGUUAGUCCUCCAAUAAAACCUGCACCUGGUAAAGGACUGUUACCCUACAACAUCAUUCCACCGAGACCAUUGGGUCCAACGGAAGCGGAAAGGAAGAUAGAAGAAUUGACGAGACAACUCGAGGAGGAAAUGGAAAAACAAGAAGAGGAAGGAGAAUAUUUUGGUAUUUGCCACACGUGCGGUGAAAAGGUGACAGGUGCUGGACAAGCCUGUCAGGCUAUGGGUAAUCUUUAUCAUACCAAUUGUUUCAUUUGUUGUUCCUGCGGAAGAGCAUUACGCGGUAAAGCAUUUUACAACGUUCACGGAAGAGUUUAUUGCGAGGAAGAUUAUUUGUAUUCCGGCUUCCAACAGACGGCUGAAAAAUGUGCUAUUUGUGGUCAUCUUAUUAUGGAAAUGAUCUUACAAGCUAUGGGUAAAUCCUAUCAUCCUGGGUGCUUCAGAUGUUGCGUAUGCAACGAAUGUCUCGAUGGUGUUCCUUUUACGGUAGAUGUAGAUAAUAAAAUUUAUUGCGUUAACGAUUACCAUAGAAUGUUUGCACCAAAAUGUGCAUCUUGUGGGAAAGGCAUUACCCCGGUUGAGGGUACCGAAGAAACUGUUAGAGUUGUUUCAAUGGAUAAAGACUUUCACGUGGAUUGUUACGUUUGCGAGGAUUGCGGAAUGCAAUUGACUGAUGAACCCGAUAAAAGGUGCUACCCACUCGAUGGAAGGCUCAUGUGUCGUGCUUGUCACAUUCAACGUAUAUCUCAUACACAACCAAGAGCACCACAGCCGGUAUCUGCCAGUUAUCAAUUCAUGGGAUAAAAAAAUAUAUACAUAGAUACAUACAUACAUACAUAAAUCAAUAUGCGUAUGCUUGUACGUGCUGGUGCGCAAUUACACGCGCAUUUGCUUAUAUUAGAUCAUUCUUUUUUUUUUUUUUGUUUUUUUUUUCAUUCGCGCACAUAACAGCAGCCAUCCUACUAUGAAUAACACUAUUGUGCGUAAAUUGUGCUUGGAAUUUCUAGUGAAAAUAUUUAAACGAAACAACAAAAUAAUAUUAAUAAUAAUAAGACUGUUGUUAAAUCUACACUGCCUCUUGGGAUCAUCAUCAUCAUCAUUAUCAUCAUCAUCAUGUAUAUCAAACGGAACUUCUCAAACUUUUUUUCCACUUGGCAAAACUUCCUCGCUUUUAGUUUACACGAAUAUUCUCGUGACCGAACAUGGGUUUUAAACUUAUCAUUUUCUUUUUCACUAUGCAUAAACUCAGGGACAUAUACUGAAACACGUAUGUGUGUAUAGUGUUGCCAAACUGGUUUAAAAUUCAUUUUAAAUCUUUGGACGUUCAGAAAUAUUUUGCUUAAAUUAUUUACCACUCGCAUUUUUGAGAAGUUCUGAUUUAUACAAGAUAACUUUUUUUAUUAUUAUUAUUAUUAUUAUUAUUAUUAUAAAUAAUAACUUUUCGUCAGGAUAUUAUUAAUUAAACGACGGGAGUGUUAAUUUUUUUUUUUUAAGUUCAAAAUUGUAUUCUUUAAACGAAUGAUACAUUUAAAUGUGCAUUUUUCUUUUCUUUUUGUAAAUUAUUUAUUUUCUCAUAGUUUAAUCAGUUCGAAUGCAGGAAAAACGCAGUGGUCUCAUUAGGAUGAGCAAGUUGCGCAUGCAACUGUGAUAUAAUAGCAUAAUAUCGAUUUGUUUAACAAGGAGACCUUACGGUUGUGCCCUCACGGAUUUUAACAAGCUUUGGUAUAUUAGUAGUAUACUAGUAGGGUGUUAUCGUGGUAAAGUAUUUCAUCCUAACGCGAAGCCAAUUUUAAGAAAAAAGUUUCUAAAGUUUUGAUUUUUGUUGUAUACAUGUUUAUAUUAUCUAAAAUGCAACUGAUUAUCAAGUGAUGCACUAGGUUAUGUAGUAGCGUUCUCGUUUCUCGUGCUGCUAGUUUGUGUUCGAUCCUUCAUGGGGAAGGUUUUUUUUUUUUUAUAAUUUUUUUUUAUCUAUGAGUUUUAACAUAUUUAUUAAACACGGGUU